ACUGUUACGUGGCUCUUUUCCUGCCUUGCCAUAGAUUACAGCCACACGUCACCAUAACACUACAAAGUGAGCCUCCAGCCGCUGGAGGGCGCACAUGUGCCUACUUCGACACACACAAGGUAGCUCUUGUGGAAGGCAUCGGCUGCCUUUUGAUCACAUGACGUCCCUGAUCAAUGCGAAGUGGCUGCUGGCUCCUCCUACAAGCCGGCGGUUACGGUGGUGACGGAAGGGUCCUGCUGCCCGCGGCCACUUUUAGUGACGCAACGUCAGCGUGAACAGCAGAAGACAUGUCCGCUCCGGGGCCUCCAGCCACCCAGCACAAUGGUCCAUCACAACCUCAGCCUCCUCAUGGAUACAAGCUUUAUCCAUCUGCUACCAGUGCUCCUCCAGCACUCUUUUCCCAAGUGCCCAGUAAAGUGACUCCUUCAUACACCAACAACCAGUAUGGGAUUGAUUAUCAUUCAAUAAACCAUGCUGCAGCAGCACCACCAUCAACAAACCCCAAUGUCCCACCUCUCCCCACCAAUCACGUGCAUACAAAUCAAGGUUCCGCCCCCUUCUAUCAUGGACUUUCUCAAAGUGAUCGUGCUCCAGUAUCACAAGGUGUCGCACCUCCUGUUGCUUCUGUGCAACCAUAUCCGGCAUUUACUGGUGAACAAAAUUAUUCUUAUUAUGCCACCUCAUCCUUUCCUUCUCAGGGAUUAUCCACCCAUUCCAAUUACUCUUCUGCACCUGUGACAUCUACUCAUUUAUAUCAAGGAGCGCCAUACUCCUCCAUGCCCACAAACAGUCAGUAUGGACAAGUGAUACCUACCCAUGGCCUUCAGACUGGCACUCAGGCGACUAACAAUGCACAGAGACUGCCACCAGCCCCCCGUCCUCCCUUACUUCAACAAGAUUUACGCAGCCUAAGUGCAUCUUCUGUUCCAGUGGCUACUCAGCACAGAGCUCAUGAUGGCCUUGUGCAGAACCAAGCUGUACCCCUGGUUACUAACCAUCAGCAACCCAGUGCAGUGUCUCCUGCAUUUGCUGUAGCAGGACAGGCAUCCAAUAUGGGACAACCUAGUGUUUCAGUAUCUGCUCCUAACUCAAUGGUAACCUAUCCACCUUCUGGACACCAGUCAUCGGGAUCUGCGUCUCUGCUAGCUGCUGCACAUAUGCCUCAACCAACAGUACAACAAGGCAUGCAGUAUGCUGGAUAUGCCAAUAAUCAAGCUAACUUUGCACCGACUCCCUUGUCAUCCAGCUCAGAUGAUGAGGAAGAGGAGGAGGAUGAUGAGGAAGCAGGAGUUGAAAGUUCUUCCACGACCAGCAGUGCAUCAUCUGAUCCAAGAAAUUACGAUGUGUUGGAAGGCGGAGGAUACACAGAGACACCUGCAGCAUCAAGUAUUCAGGCAUCCGUCAGUGCUGCUUCUCAUGUAUCUAGGCUGUCCAAACCAUUUGGUCAUGGAUACCCAACUCUCCAACCAGGUUAUCAAAAUACAGCAAAUCCCAACAACUCCCAGUCAAAUACUCCUGUUCAUCAGCCAAAUUAUACACCGUAUGCUUCUAACUAUGGUGGCGUGAAUCAAUUACCUGCCUCACUAGCGGGAUUAAAUCUACAGCAGGCCCAGCAGCCAGAGAGUCUACGACCUGUAAACCUCAUUCAGGAUCGUAACCUUCUUCCAGUAUCAGCUGUGACACCUCCAGCCCCAAGUCUCAAUGCCGACCUUAAAAAAUUGAACUGCAAUCCAGAUUUUUUUCGGUGCACGCUUACAAAUAUUCCACAGACUCAAGCCCUCUUGAACAAAGCAAAGCUCCCCCUUGGAUUACUACUUCAUCCUUUUAAAAGCAAGCCGCGUAUCCCCGCCAUAUCACCAAGCACAAUUGUACGAUGCAGGAGUUGCAGAACUUACAUCAAUCCAUUUGUAUCUUUUAUUGACCAGAGAAGGUGGAAGUGUAAUCUUUGUCACAGGGUGAAUGAUGUACCGGAAGAGUUUAUGUACAAUCCAGUCACUCGAUCCUAUGGAGAGCCCCAUAAACGACCCGAGGUUCUGAAUUCUUCAAUGGAAUUUAUUGCUUCAUCGGAUUACAUGCUUCGUCCUCCACCUCCUGCAGUGUAUCUGUUUGUUCUGGAUGUAUCCUACAAUGCAGUUGAAUCGGGGUAUCUCCAAUAUUUCUCUCAGUCGGUUUUGGAUAAUCUGGACAAGUUACGGGGAGAUUCAAGAACAAAGAUUGGCUUUAUAACAUUUGAUAGCACUGUGCAUUUCUACAACUUACAGGAAGGGCUUUCUCAGCCACAGAUGCUGAUUGUGUCUGAUGUAGAUGAAAUAUUCUUACCUACUCCUGAUGGCUUACUUGUAAAUCUUCAUGAAAGCAAGGAGCUUAUCAAAGAUCUGUUGAGUGCUUUACCUGGGAUGUUUACCAGCACAAGGGAAACUCAUAGUGCUCUUGGCCCAGCUCUACAAGGAGCCUUUAAAUUAAUUUCUCCAACUGGAGGAAGAAUAUCGGUGUUUCAGGCUCAGCUGCCAUCUUUAGGAGCUGGACUUUUACAGUCUAGAGAAGACCCAAACCAAAGAUCCAGCUUAAAGGGGGUUCAGCACUUAGGCCCUGCCACUGAUUUCUACAAGAAGUUGGCUUUGGAUUGCUCUGGACAACAAACUGCUGUGGAUUUGUUUCUUUUAAGUUCUCAAUAUUCUGAUCUGGCAUCACUUGCUUGUGUGUCAAAGUACUCUGCUGGAUGCGUAUAUUACUAUCCGUCAUUUCAUCAUAAGCACAAUCCAGCUCAAGCUGAUAAAUUAAAGCAAGAUCUGGACCACUAUCUUACUAGAAAGAUUGGUUUUGAAGCAGUAAUGAGAAUCCGCUGUACAAAAGGUCUCUCCAUACAUACUUUUCAUGGGAAUUUUUUUGUCCGGUCAACUGACUUGUUAUCACUUGCCAAUAUCAAUGAGGAUGCUGGAUUUGCAGUGCAGAUGUCUUUAGAAGAAAGUCUGACAGACACCUCUUUGGCAUGCUGUCAAGUGGCUCUCCUCUACACCUCUAGCAAAGGUCAGCGGAGGAUACGAGUACACACAUUGUGCCUGCCUGUGGUCAGUUCAUUACCUGAUGUGUUUGCAGGAGCAGAUGUUCAGGCUAUUACUUGCCUGUUGGCAAAUAUGGCUGUAGACCGAUCCAUUACGUCCAGCCUUUCUGAUGCUAGAGAUGCCUUGGUGAACGCAGUGGUAGACUCCCUGUCCUCCUACAAGUCAACACUUUCAAAUCUACAGCAGUCCACUCUCAUUGCACCCAGUUCUCUUAAGCUUUUCCCUCUGUAUAUUUUGGCUCUUCUAAAGCAGAAAGCCUUCAGGACUGGCACCAGCACCCGUCUAGAUGAUCGCGUUUUUGCAAUGUGCCAGAUAAAGUAUCAGCCGUUGCUUCACCUGAUGAAAAUGAUUCACCCGAGCCUCUACCGAAUAGACAGGCUUACUGAUGAGGGCGCUAUUUUGGUAAAUGACUUGGUUGUACCACAGCCAAAUCUUCAGCACUUAUCGGCUGAGAAGCUUGAGAGGGAAGGUGCUUUUCUCAUGGACGCUGGUUCAACCCUUUACAUCUGGGUUGGAAGGAAUUGCGACCCAAAUUUUUUGAAAGAUGUGCUAGGAUUCCCUAACUAUGCAUCAGUGCCGCAAAAAAUGACCCAACUUCCAGAGUUGGACACCCUGGCAUCAGAAAGGACAAGAAAUUUUAUUUCCUGGCUUACACAGGACAGUCCAUUACACCCUGUUUUGUGUGUACUGAAGGACGACAGUAGUGCUGGAAAGACUGAAUUUUUCCAACGUUUAAUUGAAGACCGUUCGGAAGCUGCAUUGUCCUACUAUGAAUUUUUACUUCACAUCCAACAGCAAAUAUGCAAGUGACAAGGGUAUGCAAAGCAGCCUUUAUCUUGAAAAAUAGCUCCACUUAAUACAGAGACUCUCCCGGCCUUUGGUGUGGUCUGUUCAUAGAAACCAUAAGUGAUCUACUGAUCGACACCAAAUGACUUUUUUUUUUUUUUCUCUCCCCUUAAUUUCUACAAUUUCUAAUCUCUGUUAAGAAUGGGCAUCCCUCCCUGGGGUCUAUGUUUUAGACUGAUUGAUGUGUGUUGAGUUCUUUGGCAUUUUGGUGCAGUUUGUUUUAUGUAAUGAAUGACUUAUACAUUUUUCCCUCCAUAAACGGCAAUGACCAUUUUUCCCUAAGUCUAUUCUUCUUCCUCAUAUGAAGAGACGCCAGAGACUAUUGUUGCAGUGUUUACUACGUUUUAAGAAACUUCCAUGAACUUUUGGCAUUCUUGACUGGGGAGAUUAGACUUGUCUUAUAUCUUUAUGAACUAAACAAUAUUAUGUAUAUAAGAAGGAAUUUGUAAAGUGUGUAAAAAUGUAACUAAAAAAAAAAAUGACUUUCUGAAGUGUGAAGCAUUAAUGAAUGUAGAGCCCUUCUACAAAUUCAACAUUUAUUCCAUAUAAAAAGUUUUUUUUUUUUUCUGUUAAAAUAGUUCGUGGAUUAUUUAUGAUUGACAUACUAAUUAAACAUAUUUUGCUUGACUGUGUUUUAUACUUAUGCAAGUAAGAUCUAUUUUAAAGACCAACAUUUAAAGUUUUUGACUCUUGAUUUAUUGUAAAUGUAAUGGAAAAAAAAAACACUUUUAUUUCUCAGAAUACUAUACUGUAAGUAAACUUUU